CAACAGGAAACUCGACGUCGUUUUUAUAGGAAAGCAUCGUUGAGAAGCAAGAAGAGGGCAUAGAAUCGUCGUUUUGUUCUAUCCGCUUGGUUUUAAGUCGUCGUUUAGAGAAAGAAGGCCAAAACUGUUCACGCAGAUGAGAUGACACUCCAACCUUCCAGUUAACACCAAAAUACACUGACCUCAAAACUGCAAAAUUAUAGUUCCCAAAUUACCCUCACUCACAGUAACCGAUUCCGAUUCGCUCCAUGUCGUUCGCUUCCUCAUUCUCGCUGCUCCGCCACCGCGCGGCGGCGUCUUCAUCCGGCGUCCCUCUCUUGCGCCGCUUCCGCUUCCUCCCAACCGCUGCGAGACACCAAAACCCUAACAACCACCCCGCCGCACCGAGCAGAAACCUCCUGAAGGCGAAACAAACGCUGAAGGAGUUCUCCUCUCUCGCUCCGGUCCUCUCCCUGGAAGACGUUCCCUCUCUCACGGAGUCCCAGGCCAUCGGCGUCGUGGCGGCGUCGCAGGCGAACUUCAUGCGCGUCAUCGUACCGGAAGACGAACCUUCCUCUUCCGGAACGUUCCGCGGCGUGGAGCUUCUGUGCGUGGUGAGGGCGCUGCUGAAGAAGAUUAAGCGCAGGGUUAUGGUGGGUGACAAGGUGCUGGUUGGUUCCAUCGAUUGGGUGGAUCGCAGGGGCAUGAUUGAGAAUGUGUUUAAUCGGAGUUCGGAGAUUCUUGACCCUCCCGUUGCUAAUGUUGACCACUUGCUCGUGCUGUUCUCGCUCGAGCAGCCCAGGCCUGAGCCGUUUACACUCACCAGGUUUCUCGUCGAAGCGGAAUCCACCGGGAUUCCUCUCACGCUCGCGCUCAAUAAGAUGGAGCUUGUGGAUAAAGAGAUCAUUAGUUCGUGGAAGGCUAGGUUGCGCGGCUGGGGAUAUGAGCCAGUUUUUUGCAGCGUUGAAUCUGGACAUGGGCUUGAUCUUCUUGCGUUCAAGUUGAGAGAUCAAACGACAGUGAUUGUGGGUCCUAGUGGAGUUGGGAAAUCGAGUUUGAUAAAUUCCCUUAGAAGCAAUCCUUCUGAUGCUGCCGAAGGGGAGAAUUGGUUUGAGCCUAUUUUGGGAAGCAAGUGGUUAGAUGAUCAGCGAGUUGGGGAGGUUUCCACAAGAAGUGGUAGAGGGAAACAUACUACUCGCCAUGUAUCUCUGCUUCCAUUAUCUGGAGGGGGAUUUCUUGCUGAUACUCCUGGAUUUAACCAGCCUAGUUUAUUGAAAGUGACAAAGCAGUCUCUUGCACAGACUUUUCCUGAAAUAAGGAAAAUGCUUAGUGCCAAUGAGACUGAGAAAUGUUCAUUUAACAAUUGCUUGCAUCUGGGUGAACCUGGGUGUGUUGUGAAGGGAGAUUGGGAAAGAUAUUCAUACUAUUUUCAACUUCUUGAUGAAAUCAGAAUCAGGGAGGAGUUCCAGCUGAGGACAUUUGGAACUAAAAGAGAAGGCGAUGUAAGGAUUAAAAUGGGAGACAUGGGUGUUCAGCAAGCAGAACCACGGUUGGAACCUAAAAAGCACAGGAGACAAUCUCGGAAGAGGAUUAACCAGUCGAUUUUAGAUGAAUUGGAUGAUGACGACAAUUUGCUAGAUGAGGAAAAUGACCCCAUUUUAAGGGCGCUUAGGAAUGAAAACUCUUAGAAAUAUGUUAAUCACCGGAGUACUCAUUGUAUAUAGUUCCUUUCUGAGCUUUCACUUGUAUCUAGGAGACAGCUUUAUUCCUAUAACUGGAGUUCAUUUCUGUUUUGUUGCACGGUCAUGUAGAGGUUCAAUCAUGUAUAGUCUGUACAAAUGUCACCGAUGGACAUUUUUGACAUCUGGUGACUGAAAGGUUGAUCCAUGCUUAUUGCUCAUAACUGAAUUACAAGCAACAUUGACCCCUAUUUUGUAUGAUUAUCAUUUUCGAUUAGAACCGAUGGUUUUGGAA